AGAAGAGCAAGAAGAGGGGCCCUCGUCUGUCAAGCAACGACGUACCGAAGAAAAACGCGAACCCGAGACGGUGCGAAUGUAUUUCGGGGAAUAUUCUCGACGAGCUAAUAUUUGGUGAAUUCGGUGAAAUUCUGCGCGUCCCGCACACGGCUCCAGCUCAGUGCCGCGCGUCCCUGCACGCACAGUGUUUUUGUCCAGUGAAGCGGUCCGGCACUCGCGACCACGUAGGCUGCUGCGGGGAAAAACCUACACGUACGUUUUCAUCGUCUACGUCGCCGGGAACAAUUGCUCCGCACACAACACACUCACACGGGAGGGAGCGCCCACCGUGGAAUGUGUGUGUUUUUGGUGUCGCCGCCGCCGCCGCUGCCGUCUUCUUCACCGUGAUCGAUAUUGGUCGCUUGCAUUGCACGGGCCAAGCAGUGCCGUAGCGCCGUGUGUGUGUGUGUGUUCCCAUAUGCUAGCCAGGCUUGCCACUCUCUAUCGUCCCGGAUAGCCGUGUUUUCCUCGAACAACUUUGCAGCGAACGGGUCGGAGUGUAGGGAGGCAAGGGGAGGAGGGUGCCCGUACAGCUGCCGUAGGAGAGCAGAAGAAAAAGAAAAAAAAAAACAAGGUUGACGCAUACAAAAGUGUUGGAAAGGUGCGCUGGUGUGUGCGGGUGGCGUUCAGGUGUCAGCAAAAGCAAAAGGGGGUGCGAAGGAAACGCGACACUAAAUAUAGAGAGAGAGAGGGAGAGAGAGGGUGAGAAAUCGUGUGAUCGUCGUCAUCUGUGCUCGACACGGCGAAGACUGGAGUUUUAGAGGGAACGGUCGUCAUCAACGCCACGCAGAAAAAUAAGCUAUCAAAAUGAUAAAUUUAAAGGUGAAAACCCUCGACUCACAGAAUCAUGACUUUACGGUCGACGAAGAGAUCUCCGUGCGUCAGUUUAAGGAACAGAUCGCGGACAAGAUCAGCGUGUCGGUGGAGCUGCAGCGGCUCAUCUACUGCGGGCGCGUACUGUCCGACGAUGUGCCGCUGAAGAACUACGAUCUAAACGGCAAGGUGGUGCAUCUGGUGCAGCGUCCGCCACCGUCGGCCCGCGGCACCAGCCUGAGCACGUCGGAGCCGGGCGGCCGGGAUGAGGGUGCGCGUGCUUCGCGCCGCUCGCGAAGCAGCGACAACGCCUCCCGCACCAUCUUUCCCAGCCUGGACGAGCUGAACACAAUGUACUUUGGUUCGAUGACGUCGAUUCCACUGAACAUGACCUCGACGAACGUUACCCAGAUCCCGUCGGUCGGUUCGUCGUCGACGCUGUGCAACAAUCGCAUCACCGUCGCCCGCCACAUGCUCGACUGUGCGGACAGCAUACUGAGCUAUCUGGAGAAUCCGGCCCGCGGGCUGAACUACAGCGCGAUGGACUACCUGUCGCAGCAGACGAUGGAGUCGACCGUGUUCGAGGUCGGCAUCUCGGCGGUCGGCGACGUGGACAUCCCGCACAACCAGGUGCAGAGCUUCGUGAACGCGUUCCAGGGCGCGGUCAGUGCGGCGCUGCGCCAGAACGGCAUGUCGAACGUGACGGUCCAGCAGCCGGACGGGCUGAACGGUUCGGUGCAGGUGUUCGGCACCGUGCCCGACUUUGCCGUGCUGACGCCGCCGAACACGAGCGCCACGGCCACGCCCGCCCACGAAGGUUCGGGCACGAGCUCGUCCGGUGGCGGCGGCGGCGGUGGAGGCGGCGGUAGCAGCAGCAGCAGCAUCAGCAGCAUCAGCAGCGGCGGCGGCGGCAGUUCGAGCAGCAGCUCGUCCUCGUCCUCCAGCUCGUCGGAAACGAGCGCCGAGAGCCGGCGCCAGGCCCGGUCGGGGCUGAACGCGCAGACGACGAGCACGCAGACGCUCGGCGAGGUGGUGCAGCAGAUGCGCUCGGUCCAGCGGCGCAUGGAACCGUUCCUGCAGCAGUACUACGACAUCCUGCAGGACGAUCCCGCGUUCGAGGAGUCGGACACGGUCGGGCGGGAGAACGCGCAGCGCGUGUUCGAUCGCGUGUCGGAAGCGAUGCACUACAUCUCGCACGCCCAGCACGCGAUCAGCGACCUGAUGCUGGACCUGCAGAUGACCACGCCGCGCCACCUCUGCUGCCGGCCGAUACUGGUCGAGCAGAACGCGUACGUCAGCUCCGGGAUGGCCGCAAUGCCGCAGAACAUCAAUCUGGCCAACUUGCUGCGCAAUCACAUCAACGUGAAUAACAACAACAAUAACAACAACAACCCGGAAGUGGGCAACAACAAUAUACACGCGCAGCUGAUCAACCUGGGCAUCACAGCGCAGCCGACCUUCUUCGCUGCGGCCGGCGGUGGAGCGGCUCCCGGUGCGCCGGCUGGAGCCACUGCGACGGCGAACAACACGAUGCGCCCGCCAUCGUCGGCCCCAUCCGGUGGCGGCACCACAGCCGCACCGUCAACGACCGCGCCCAACGGAGCGGCGGCGGCAAACAACACCACGGCUCAGCCGCGGCCACCGAACCUAGGUUGGCGCGACAAUCCGGUCAUCAUUAUGCGGGAGCUGCUGCACCCAAGGGCACCACGGACGGCCUCUGCCGAUGGUCGCCUGCAACCGCCAUCUGCAACGGCAGGCAGCAACACCCGCAAUCGACCGACGGCCACAGCUACUACUACUAACUCGGGCACAAACAACAACAACAGUGCGGGUGGAACGCCGAACAAUGCUGCAGCCGGAACGCCGAACAACGCGACCCAGAACGCCCAAAUCCAGAUGGCGCGUCUCAUACAGGCGGUCGUCAAUGCUGCCCCCAUUCACACCGACAUACACGUGCAGAUCAAUACGGCCGGUGGUGGUGGAGGUGGUGCCGGUGGUAACACUGGCAGCGGUGCAGCUACGGCUCCGCCUCCCACAAACAACGCGGGCAGUCGGGGUGGUAGUACGGCCGGUGCGACCGCCGCCGCCGCCGCCACCUCCACGACGGCACAAACCACAAAUACGGGCAGCAGCAGCAGCACGGCCGGCGGCACAACCAACGCAUCGACGGCCACCGGCGGCGGCAACGGUCGCGGUGGGCCGGGCGGUGGAGGUGAGAAUGUGGUCCACGUGUAUCCACGCUUCGCCACCGUGACGCUGCCGACGACGUCCACGCAGACGCGAUCUACCUCCCGCCCGCACGUGCACAGCAUUCCGCCGUCCCAUCUGGGCGGUGCCGGACAAAUUCGCAACCUGCGACCGAUGGCGGCCAGCAUACUGAACACUUUCGAUCGGUUUUUGCCGUGCAACAGUCACCACAUUCGUGACAAUACCGGAUCGAACGGGGAUCGUUCGAGCGAGGGUACACCGAACCGCACCGGUUCCGGCGAGACGACGGCAAACACACCGAACGCGGCGCCCCCGUCCACCGAAGGAGGAUCGGACACUGUUCCGAUGCAGGAUGAUGUCCGUACGGCAGCUGCAGCGACCCGGGUGAACAUGUUCGGUACGCAACUGACGAUGGGUGAUCUGCAGAAUCUUGUACCGAACCCGAACACACUGAACCGCAUACGGGAACCGCUUCGUUCGUACGUGAACCGAGCGCUGUUUACGUCCGAUCGUGAGGUAGACGAGCAAACAGUGCGUGAGGCCGGUGAACGAAUCAUCAACAACGUGAUGCCCAUGCUGGUGCCGGUGGUGGACAUCGAAAGCCCCGAGUUCGAUACGCGUGCCUCGCUGGCCAACCUGAUGCGCAGCACGUUCCCGUCGUUCAUCAAUCUGGUGCGGGAGGACAGCUCGUCCCAGUUUGGGGUGCGGUUGAUGCGCCUGCUGCUCACGUUCCUGCGCCGCUCGUUCAUGAUACUGAUCCGUGGGGUGGGCCGGGAGCGGUCGCUGAUGGCCGUCUCGACGCUGGUCGCGUUUGCGCUUCGCCUCCACAACGUGCCGGAACCGGAGCGGCUGGUGCGGCUGCUGAUUAGGCCCACGCUGGAGAACAACUUUGCCGCCGCCGCCCGGCACGACAUGUUUGACAUUCAGCAGUUUCUAGUCAUCCGACAGCCGGCGCCAGAAUCGGCCGCAGCAACGGGAGCAGCAGCAGCAGCAGCACCAGGCACAGCAACCACAGCCGAUGGUUCCGAAAGCCUUUCGUCGUCUAGCAUGUCUUCCAGCACUGGCACCUCCAGCGGCCAGCGCGAAGCAAGUCCCAUGGAUGUCGAUGAGGCGGAAACCAUGUCCACGCCGGAGCUGGUGUCGGAUAUUGCCGAAAUAUCGAUCUCCAUCGAACCGCCGGCCAUGAGCGUCGAUCCCGCCGACACGGUGCCGACCAGCAGUUCGUCGGACGCUGGCCCGGUUGCGGGUAACGACGGCGAACUGUCUGUCACUGGUGACCGAACGCCACAACCGGCGGAAGCACCAGCACAGGAAGUGCCGAUCGUGACGUGCUCGCUGACGGGAACGGAUCUAGAUUUCGCCAAUCGGCCCGUACCGCCGCCCCGACCGGCCGGUGACGAUGAGGAGCUGCCGACCGUCGAGUACGAUGCCGAAUCCUGGCAUCGCCAUUUCCCGUCCAACUGGUUGCCGAUCAUUACGCGCGAUCUGGGCAGACAGCGGCGACAGAGUCCUCAGGCUCCGUUUUCCGACGCAUACAUUUCGGGACUGUCUUCAAAGCGCCGAAAGCUGCUGUCCGAAACGAAGCCAGCGAGCGACGUCCAUUCGCUGAUAUCGGACGGUGUACGGCGUGCGUUCCUGGGCACGGGAAUCGCUCCUUCCAGUGCGGUGGUCGGUGCCAGCACCGCCGCCACCGCAGCAGCAACAUCCUCGGGCGCAUCCGGUGGCAGCGGUACCGUCGGUGCCAGCACUAGUGCUGCCGGUGUUCCUACCGGUAACGGUGGUGGUGGUGGUGGUGGUGGAAGCAACACCGCACCCACCCGGUUCCGCACGCUGGACGAGCUGGCCAACAACAUUGCCAACGAUGGCGCCCUGCAGAUGUCGUACUGCGAAGCGAUGAAGGCGAGCAUACGCGACCGGCUAGCGAAGGACACCGACUACGAUGCCAUGCGGUUCCCCAACUGUUCCAAGUACUUUGAAAAGUAGUAAUACACACACCGACUGGAACACGUGUCGACGUAGAGCGAGGGAAGGAAUGGAUGGCGGCUGGAAGUGGUGGGACAUCAACAUGUUUUAUUUGAAUUUAAUUUAGUUACGGCUUUUUCGACGCCCUAGUGGUGGGGGGGCUUAUUUGUUGUGCGCCAACGGCUGUUCACGCGAAGGGUUUUGCGCCACCGUUUGCGUGUAGUCCUUAGAAGUUCAUAAUUUAAAGAAAAGCAUGCUUUGGACGAAAGACGGUUGCUGCUAAACGCGAAAAAACAAGGGUGUUUGUGUGACGCGGGCUGCUCCGUUACGAACGUAGUGUGCACCACUACUCCUCCCGCACGCGUACUAAUACGGAACUUAUCUAGCUAACACAAAAUGGAUUCAGAUUAGAAGACGAAGAAAGAAGAGACAGCGAUUGUGGUGGGAUGUAAUGUGUAGGAUUUAAAAGACACGAGGGACACGAGAAGCGAACCGGACCCGGACCGCCGCGAACAGCUUUAAGCAAGAUGGUGUGGUGGUGUGGGUGCAGCCAGUGGAAAGCGCUCACCCGACCAUUCGGCCGCAGUCGUCGCAUCGUUCCAUCGUUCGUUUUCAUCAUUAAAAAGAAAAACAAUCUUUGUACAGUUUUGCGAUAAGGGAAGGGAUGGGAUGAAGGAAAAUAGAAUUGAUACCCUGAGAGAAGAAAUCAGCCCACUCCAGCCCACCACCAACCAGAGUUAAUUAUGUGAUUUUAUGCCAACCCUCCCGCUCACACACACACACACAGACACACACAUUUAGGAAUGUAAAUUCGCAAAACCGCCAGCCUAGCAUUCAACGACUCCUUGUAAGAAGCUGAGGUAGAGAUAGGGACGGGGGAUCGUUUUCAAUUUUCUAAUACAACUGGCCUUUUCCCCCAGCGGGGAAACGCAUUCUUUGUUUCUUGCAUUACACAGCAAACAACAACAGCUUCUUUUUGUCUCUUUCAAUUUUUUUUCUUUUUUUUUUUAUUCGCCUUCCGUUUUGUCCGCUGUGGUUUGCCGUUUUCUGUUCGUUUGUUUGUGUUUAGUGUUUUGUACUUGUUCUCUCCCCCCCCCCCCCCCCUGACCGCGUGUGCAAUGUGUAGGGUGUGUUUAAAUUUUUUCUUCUUUCUGCUAGGGUUCCGUGCAGCAACGGAAGUUACGGUGUGAAACGGUUUGGGACGGGAAAGAAUUGGAAUUGGACAAAAAAAAACAACAGAAGAAACAUACACUUUAUAACCUACUCAAAAUCUAAUAGGAAGUUAUAAUAAAUAAAUAAAGCCUAGAGGAAAAGAUAGCGCAAACUGA